AUGGAUCCUUGGGUGAAGGACGUGAUGAAGAACGACGGAGAAGGUUUCCACAUUUCUGUGGAUGGGACGUUCAAGACUUCUCCGACUCAUUGGGCCCAGCAAUUCACGGUCAUGGUCCGCUUUGACUGUGGUCGCAUGUUUCCUCUAUUCUACGCUAUUCUCCCGAGAAAGAAUGGAAAUACCUACGAGCGAUUUUUUGCGGCGAUAGAGGGAUCGCUGACUCAGGAUGUGGGGAGCUGCAUGAUGGAUUUUGAAUACGCUGUGAGAAAAGCUUUCGAAGGCGUAUUCGGGAAAGGAAAGGUUGUUCUUUGCUACUUCCACUUCUGCCAGAACAUAAGGCGGAAGUUCGAGAGCCUUAUACGGAAGCCGGUUGCUUCUAAGGAGCAGCAGGCUCUGCGAGAAGAGGUUUACUACGACAUAUUGGCGCUCCCCUUUCUUCCGCUUGAUCUCGUGGACUUGGGAAUGGAUUUCAUCUGCGACAAACUCUCGGGAGACGACGUCGUUUUCUUCUGA